CGGACAUGUUGAUUCGCGCCAAGGAUCGAAACGAUGCUAAGAAGACUAUCGACUCGAAGCAUACCCUAGCUGAAAAACUCGCGUGCUUGGAUCGAUGCGCCUUGCGCUCCGUGUACCCCGUGUGCCCCGGCUUGCGACAGCAUCUGGAGGAAUACGCGCGUGGUGAGAUAGAAGAAGAAGAUGAAGUGGAGGAGACUGAUAGUGAUGUUGAUGUCUUUGGUGACGAGGCCCUCGAGGAUGGCCAGAAGUCUAGUAAGAAAAACAAGCAAGCCACACAGCAGGAUGACCAGGAGGAUGGCAAUGAUUUGGAUAUCACGUCAGCGCACAACGUACCGCUGUAUGCGGACGGCCUCUGGUAAUUUGCCAGACUCGGGAGAUGAAGUGCUUCUGGCACUUCGAAAGCGUACAGAUAUUUUUGAUUUUAUACUUCUCGAAUUUCUGACUCACGAAAGAGAACUACUUGUGCUUCUGUUUCUUCAACCCAUCGAGGACCCACUCACAGCCAGACUCUCUACCCCUAGCCUAGUGCUGCGGAAAUUACUACAAUGUCAUCUGUAUGAUUCAACACCACUGGCGCGACUGUGUUGGAGAUCGUAGCACAACUAGGCGUCCCACUUUUCUCACAUUCCGUCACACUCAGCUACAGUCUUUUCUUCUAGAACUAGAACUAGACCAGUAUGAAGAACAAAUCACUCGUCUAUCGAAAUUGGUAAGAGGCCUCUUCUUCUUAACUGUAGUAUCACCCUUAGCCUCGCUCUAUUUCUAUCUAGCCCUAGACCUCCUUGUGUUCUUGUGUCACUCUUGCUGUGUCACUGGCAUUGGUCUCUGCGAUUCUAUUUCUAAGUCUAACGCCUUCCGAGAUGUGCCAUCAGCAUCAGGAUUUGCAGGCAACUAGAAAGGAUCGCACUAGGACUAGGUGGAACAUAAAAACCGAAGUAGGGGUCUUCUCUUCACACCCUAAGACGUA